UCACCUCUCACCUGCACCGUCGGCUGCUCAGCGCGUGGCGCACAGUGUUUGUCGAAGGCCCGACAGCCGUCGACAGAGACUGCGAUGGCGGCAGCGGCAAGCCGGGGUCGGCCGCAGGACUGGGCGCGUUUCGUCUACGUGACGCGCUUUGGCUCCCACCAGUGCGGUGCUGUCCUGCAGCUGGGCGGCCGCCGAGCCCAGGGCCUGUGGGGUCGGGAGUCCGGGGCCGGUUGUCGCCAGAAGCCAACAGAAGCAACGGCGGUGCCUGGCGUCCCCGGUGGCGGCGAGCUAACCCCAGGUUCCAGGCCCAGGGUCCCCGCGGCCCCUGGCGUGGCGGUGGCGGCCUCUGCCUCUUCCUCCUGCUCCCAGCUGCGGACAUCGAGCGGGCGGAGCAGCACCAGGCCUGCGGCGCGUGCAGGUUUAAUCCAGAAGGAUGCAGCUAAAAAGUUUGAUUUUCCCAUACCAUUGAAUGAAGCAUCUAAAAUGAUGAAGAAAAAGAAAAAGGUUUUAGUAUGGAAUAGAGUACAGAAAGUCAUUUCAAGAAUGCUUGAAGAAAAUGAAAAAUACAGACACAGGCUGAAAUGCCAAAGAUUAUCCGGUGAAAACUCAAAUUACACAAGAUGA